ACGUUCUUUCAUUUUGCUUUCAGAAUACGGAGCUUCGCCAGGGAACGCCACAGUUCAAACGCUGGGAAACACUACCUCAACCGUUAGAUUUUAAGGUAUAUAUUUUCAAUGUCACCAACCCGUACGAAGUGCAGAUGGGGAAACGACCGCGAGUCGUUGAAAUCGGACCGUAUGUGUAUUUCCAAUAUCGUCAAAAAGAUAACAUUCGGUUCAGCAGAGACCGGUCGAAGGUUCACUUCUCGCAGCAGCAGAUGUACGUGUUUGACGCUGAAUCAUCCUAUCCCCUAACGGAGUACGAUCAACUCACGGUGCUUAACAUGCAUAUGAAUAGUAUCUUGCAAAUAAUCGAUACCCAAGCAAAGGAAACAAUCACAAAUUUUCGGUCUGAUGUUAACAAUACUCUCGAAAAAAUCCCAGUAGUUAGAGUUAUCAAAAGAAUAAUAGAGCGAACUACGCCGAUCCAAGUAACGUUUGUUUCUACUAUUUUUUGUGUUUGCCGCCAACUUUGUCCUGUGUUUUAUCUCAUUUAACCCAUUCAAAACGGCUGUUGGUACUCGUUUUUAGCCUUCCUCAUUAGUUUAGCUAGUCCAAAGUGCCACCGGUCGCGACGGUUUGGUUAGGGCGCUUGCUAGCUUUCUGUUCUGUCCCUUUCUUUCCUGUAUGUGUGUUUUGUUGCUAGUAUUCGUUGUGUGUAAUCAUCACCAAGUUCGGGUGGCGGACUAAUGUUUCUGCUUUGUUUUUGUUUCCCUCUGUAGUCAAUGGAGGUUCGUGGUUAAUAACUAGUAGAACUCCAUCUGCACACAUUUGCUCAUCAACGUUACACACUGUCACCAUACUGUUCAUAACCAUUUCGUUCAACCGAUAUAACUGUGUAACUUUAGACGCCAUUCGAACUGGUGUGAGUUUACACUGAACCCGAUUGGUACGGUACGAGACUCGCAUACUGGCAAAGCUGAUGUUGUUGAUAUAUUUCUGUUUUAAAGUUUUGUUGGAAAUGUAAGUUGAGUUGUGAGGAACAUAAAAACAAUCAAAACGGCUUUAAAUGUUCAUCUCACCAAUUGAAAAAUAAACUCGUCAAUAUGCAUUUCUUUAAUCAAAUAAGCGUUAGAAUUCUUCUAUUCUGCUCGAUUGAUUUUGGUUGGCAAUCGAAUUGAGUACAAGCUAUUGGUAAAGGGUGUUAUGAUCAAAAAUUGGUCAACUUCAACUGGAUGCAUGUUUUCAUACUACAUUAAAAAAAAACCUGCGCAUCCCUCAGAUAUAUGUGUGUAUCAUUAAGCCUACUAUUUGAUAUUGACAUUUGGUCCUCAGUUGUAAAAAUUGCAUCGAAGCAAAGUUUUGCUCACGCAUCGCGAAAAUCCAACUACUCGCAUGUCAAUUCAGUGAAAUUGUUGAAUGAGGCCAAAUGACUACCACUAACAUUAUUAAGUGUUCGAAAAAUGUUUACUGAUAGCCAGAAAAACCGUAUCGAGAGGAAAUCGAAUCCAAAAACGACGAAAAAAAUGGCCAGCUGUUUCAAGUGGAGCCCCAAUCUCCCCGUCACAGAUGUCGCAGGCAAAUAUACGUUGACUGGUAGAAGUGGCAGAGAUAUUGAAACACAGCUGUUGAAGUUUGCAAAGAAAUAUCUCUUGUGGCAAGCCAUCUGUUCUUGUGGCUUCAAGAGUGACAUUUACACCGUAACCGAGAACAUCGACGGAAAAUAUCGGUUGCCUUUCAUUAAGCAACAUACAUUCUACGAUCUGUUUUACCCGGAUUUGGCAUCUUGCCAUUACGGAAAAAAGGCCUAGGAGUGGCAUGCCGCGAACAACGUCCAGGUAGUGCCCAAGGAGAUGAACCCCUUCCGAUACGCCAGAGCACUACCCAAUAGAAUAAUAGUGGGCAAUCAUCAAGUGGAAUAUCAAACUGGCGUACUGUAGCGAGGAAACUGACAAACUUGAUGAAACGAGCCAAACGAAAAGUUAGGCAAUUCGCAUUCGCCAAAAAAGAAGAUUAA